GCCUCGGCCGGUGAGAUGAGUUUUCGACGUUUGGCUUCUAAGACGCUCUUUUGCGGCUGCCUGGUAGGGCGCGGACUCACCAAGGCGAUGUGUGCUCAGGCAACCAACUGGCAGUCAGCCAAGUCAAUUUAUGAGUUCCAUGCCAGGGACAUUGAUGGCAAUGAUGUCUCGCUGGAGAAAUACAGGGGCCACGUCUGCAUCAUCACCAACGUGGCUUCAGAAUGAGGCAAGACUGAGGUAAACUACACUCAGCUUGUCGAACUGUACAAGAGAUACGCUGAGCGAGGUUUACGCAUCCUGGCUUUCCCCUGCAACCAGUUUGGCAAGCAGGAGCCGGGCACAGACAUGGAGGUUAAAGCAUUUGCUGAAGGUUAUGGGGUGAAGUUUGACAUGUUUAGCAAGAUUGAAGUCAAUGGGGACAGGGCUCAUCCUCUCUGGAAGUGGAUGAAAAACCAGCCCAAAGGCAGAGGCACUCUGGGAAAUGCUAUAAAAUGGAAUUUUAGCAAGUUCCUGAUCAACAAGGAAGGACAAGUGGUCAAGAGGUUCAGUCCAAUGGAUGACCCAUUAACGAUGGAAAAGGACUUGCUCCGUUACCUGUAGGCCCUGGCUUGCCUCCUGCCAGCUCCGACUGUGCUCGGCUGGCGUUCCUCUGGUUAGCCCGUGAAUUUUGCCCGGAUGACGGCCUGUCUCCAAGCCAAGCCUGUUUGGUGAGGCAGCCCUGAGAUAUUUGGCACAAGUUCACAGGGAGGGCUAGGUGGAACGUCUAUAUUUGCACCCCAGACCACACCAUCCAUCUUGUAGAAAU